UGCAGCUGAAAAGAACAGACCUUAUAAUACGUUCGAUAAAACAUAUAACAGUAUACAGUUUUCUUAUAACUUUUUUGAAUUGAAAGCAUUUUUUAUAUAAAAAAAAGUCAUAAGUGGAGCCUAAACAAGGAUUAAUCUAACAAAUUCCACGAAUAUUGCAACUAAAUGGGUAUCGGAAACAAAACGGAACAGAGAUUAUUACUGUCUUAUUGUUCCUUUACUUGCAUUUAUCUUUCUGGAAUUUUGAUAUUAGUCAAAUUCAAUGAUAAUUUAUGCAAUGUCGGUAAAUACAAAUUUUUACCUGUACUAUUAAUAUUAAUGUUCGCUGAAACAAUUAAAUUACUGUUUCCUAUGCUUCAAACGGAGACAUCUAUUAUUAUUAAGAAUGAACAACGAAAUUCACCAAAAGCCAAGAAAUCCUGGAUGAAGAAUUUGAAAGAGAUUCUUAAAUUCUUACUUACUGCAUUUAUAUUGUCAAUAGUUUAUUACAUAAUAAUUAUUUUGUUUGGUGCACCUGUAUUGACUGAUCAUGAAGAAACAACAAUGCUUGUAUUUACAUUGAUUAUUUUAACUUUUGUUGCUACCAGUCUACAUGUAGGAGUGGAUAAUGCAUUGGAUAUCUUAAUGGGAAUUUAUUCUCAAAAAAACAAUAUCCUUGCAGAUGCUUUAAGGACCAUUAUACAAGCAACAAUAUUAGGCACAUGGCUAGGUGCUAUUGUGAAUCCUUUGGAUUGGGAUCGUCCUUGGCAAGCUUGGCCAAUUCCUUGUAUAAUUGGUGCAUUACUUGGGUAUUUAAUCGCUCACUUUGUUAUUCUUCUCAAGAUACUUCCUACACCCAAAUUACAUAGAAAAGUUCAUCGAUGAUAAUAGAAGCUUAUGCAGACUUAUUAAGGAGUAUUGCAAUUUUGCAAGUAAAAAUUAUUUUUUAAAUUAACAAAUAAUGAU